UCAGAGGAAAAUCACAUCAGGCAUAAUGUUGGGCAGCCUACACCACAUACGCGUGUGUGACCAUGUUCCUCAAACCCCACUGCUUUGUUUUGGAGGAGUGACUGCGACUGUGACACGGUUGAAUCCUUUGUUGUGAAAACGCAAACGGCGACGCGUGUGUACUCGUGUGUGCGUGUUGUGUGUCUUCGGGGCGUGUGUGGGAUAAGAACGAGUGAAAGUAUGUCGAAAAGAGCGAAGAAAAAUGAGCAGGAGGCUGGAGAUGGUGACCAUGACAACGGCACAGCCCCCGCUGCCAAGAAAGGAAAGAAGGUCAAGGAACCAGAGGCCCCCAUUCUGUACAGUGACCCUCCUGAUAAGAUGAACAGCAAAGAUGGCCGUGCUGCUAACAUGAAGAUCACCUCCUGGAAUGUGGAUGGGCUCAGAGCUUGGGUCAAGAAGAAGGGCCUUGAUUGGGUGCGUGACGAGGCCCCAGAUGUGCUGUGCCUGCAGGAGACGAAGUGCGCUGAGAAGUCCCUUCCUGAUGAAAUCACCUCCAUGCCCGAGUUCCCCCACAAGUACUGGGCUGGCUCCGAUGAGAAGGAGGGCUAUAGCGGGGUAGCUAUGCUGUGCAAGACUGAGCCCCUCAAAGUUACCUAUGGCAUAGGUAAAGAGGAGCAUGAUAAGGAGGGCCGUGUUAUCACUGCUGAGUUCCCCACCUUCUUCCUGGUCACCGCCUACGUGCCCAACUCUGGCCGAGGCCUGGUGCGCCUGGACUAUCGCAAGACCUGGGAUGUGGAGUUCAAGGCCUACCUGAGCGACCUGGACAAGCGCAAGCCCCUGGUGCUGUGUGGCGAUCUGAACGUGGCCCACGAGGAGAUCGACCUGAAGAACUCCAAAGGCAAUAAAAAAAACGCAGGCUUCACAGCAGAGGAGCGUGAGGGCUUCAAUCAGCUGCUGGCUGCAGGCUUCACCGACAGCUUCCGCGAGCUGUACCCCGAGCAGGCCAACGCGUACACCUUCUGGACCUACAUGAUGAACUCUCGCUCUAAGAACGUAGGCUGGCGUCUGGACUACUUUGUGCUGUCCUCUGCUCUACUGCCAGGCCUUUGUGAUAGUAAGAUCCGCAACCAAGCUAUGGGCAGUGACCACUGCCCCAUCACUCUACACAUGGUUGUGUAGAUCAGUCUGGCCAAAGUGCUGGAUCAAUUGUUUCCCAGUUCAAUAGUUUUGGCAGUGUGGCCAUGCAUUGUUUUCUCAUGUUAAAUGUGACCUAGGUGGCGGACCUCAGAUGAAGUCAUGGCAUUCCCAACUACUGAAACUAAUCUGUAUGCCGGUGUGCACACUCAACAUGAGUGAAACAUCAGAACCUGGAAACACGUUUCUACUGAAACUGGGAUUCUCAAAUGAGUUUACUUGAACCUCAAAUCUUAAAUUGUAUAAACUACCGUAGUCACAAUUGUCCUGUCACCCAUUUGAAGUGACUAUUCAACACUGUGCUUUACUUUCCCACCCACACAAUGCACACCUAGGUGACAUCUGGUAACAAACUGCAUAAUCCCUGCAAGACCUCUGAGGCACUGUGUUCUUUAAACAUGUGAAACUGAUGUUGGUGCUAAAUAACUGCUAGUCUGUCAUUGAAACAUUGCUCCUUUGAAGGGAAUGAGUCCUAUUUUGUUAAUUAAUGUUAUAUAUAAUGGUAAUGAAGUCAUUACCAUUGAGUGAAUAUUGAUAAAUUAAAUCAUGGUUUAAUUAACAGAUUUUUAACAGAUUUAUUAGCAUGCAAACAUUCAGACCCAGAUUGAUGGCCAGUAUUAAGAUUGUCAAAUGGUUCAACCUCUGCAGAGCUGAUAUGAGACCAAUGUCAGUGGUAUCUCACCCCUUUACUGCCAAUGUCAGUGGUAUCUCACCCCGUACUGCCAAUGUCCGGAGCAAAGUUUCUAAGACAUGCCUGUUUUGUAAAAAAAAAAAAAUCCCAAACCAUAGCUUGAGUUUAUAGAUGGUAAAUGUACCCAUGCAUCUAAUAAAGUUUAGUUUUAAGUAUG